AUGUCUUUUGGCUGGCAACAACAACAACAGCCUGGUCAACACCAACAAAUGCAACAACAACAAAAUUUUCAUCUCCAUUCACAAAAGCCAACGUUUUCUGAACCUUUUGCUCCUGUGCAACAACAACAGCAAAACAAUCAACACCCACAACAAAACAAUAUGAACACAGCAACGAGCGCCAUGCCUCCAAAUGCGAUGCCUGGUUUGAAUCAUUCAGCAUCGUUUAAUGGGAUUCCUAGUGCUUUCUCGAAUGGUGGUCAAGAUCAAAGUAAUAAUGUUGACUUGAACAGCAUUUUGUCAAAUUAUCAUCCAAAGAUGAUUUCUACGCAAUUGCAACAGCACAUGCCAUUCUCACAGCAUCAACAAGAUCAAAUGCAUCAACAAAUGGAUUCUGCAAGUGCAGCAGCUGCAGUGGCGGCAUAUGGUCACCUAGGAAUGCAACAAGGUCAAAAUUCUGCUAAUAUGGGUGGCGGUUUCAAUGCAAAUCCGUCCAAUGCUAUGCAAAUGAAUCAACAGAUACAGCAGAAUGGAUCAAUGCAAGUUCAAAUGCCGAGAGCCAUGUCAGGAGCAGCAUGGAACGCGAUGCAAAAUCAACAGAGUUUUCCUACACCUUCUCAACUACAUGCACAGAUGAUGAAUGAUACGAGAGGAGGCUCGGCUGUUAGAGCGACGGGCGGAUACGAAGGAGACGCUUCCGGUACAUCUUCUACUCAAACGCCAGGCGCAAGUAGCGGUGAUGAUGUAAAUGCAGGUGGAAAGAAGAGAAGCAAUACUAUCUCACAUGAGCCGAAAGAAGGUUCACUUGCAGCACUUGCUAAUUCAGGAUACGGUGUGGGAGGCACAUCGACUUCUGAAGCAUUCGCUAAUGAAUCCGGUCCGGGAGGGUUAUACAGAGGAGGAAGUUCAUUAAAAGCUCCACCGCAAAGGCCUUCUCUACGACACAGGCGGUCACACAGUGGCUCUCAGGCGGUUAGCUCAAAUAGCGUCAGCUGGGCCAGUGAAACGACUACGCAAGGAGGAAAACGAUUAUCAGGGCCGAAUUUAUCGUUCAAUACGAAUACGAGUCCUAUUUCUUCGUAUGCUCCAAAUUUGCAUGGACAUGCUGCAAGUCAUCCACCCGGUCUUGGCGGUCAAGUCUUACGAGGAGCGGAUAUAGGCACAGGCGGUAAUAAUGCGGCAACUGAUUUUACCAAACGAAAAGGAUGGCAUAAUCGAAUCGUUGAUGAAUUAUUGGAUUUCGUUCAUGUUCUUGAUGAGAACGGAAAAGUUGUUCAUGCUGCUUCGAGCGUUGGAACGUUGACAGGUUGGAAAUUGGAAGAAUUACGCGGAAGGAUGAUAACGGAUUUCAUUCAUAAAGAUGAUGCCAAAGCAUUUAUGGAUGAAUUUCAAUCUUGCUUGAAAGAACGCAAAGAGAUGACAAUGUAUUAUCGAUUCCGCAAAAAGCCACAAACAGCUGAAGAUAAGAGAAGGGUGCGGGAUCAAAGGCUUGCAUCAAAUGUUGGACCUUCUAAUUCAGGCUCUGCAUCUGAAGGUGAUUCAUCUUCCAAUCAAGAAUCUGUUAAUAAGAGUAUGACUACAUUCGCAGAUGGAAUGACGGAAGCUCGAGCAGAGAAUGAUGAUGAAGAUGAAUCCGAGUUACGGGAUGACAGAGAGGCGAGAUAUGUCGUUUUUGAAGUCACAGGACAUCCAUACUUUUCCGAUGAUCAAGAGGACGGCUUUGGACAAGUAACUGAUGGACUAGAGCCCACUUCGCCGAUGAUGAAUUCUAAUGCCAAUUCCACGCAAACGUCGCCAAUAAGCAAGAAGAUUACUAUCAAUGAAAGUGACAAUUCUGUAAAGAAAGAGGACGAAGAUGAGACAAACAAUCGCAUACAGUGCUUCUUCUUGACAGGAAGAGUUUAUCCGACCAAGAAUAUUGGAAUGCUGGACAGCUUCUUAGAGUUGAAACUGGAAAAUGAAAGGCUACGACUGCUUCUUGGAGAAUUGAGCGUGAAUGACGGUACGAUCCCUUUGCCUGCAGACGGAAGCAGUGACGGAAGGAGAAGUUUGGAUGAAGGUGCAUAUCCGAUCGAUUAUCCUGUAGAUCUCGAAAGCAAUAAGACUGCAUCGACAGGACAUGGCGGCUUCGGUCAGACAGGAAAUGGUUCCAUGGAAGACCUUUCAGCAACCCGAAGAGCAUCGCUCACCAGUCCGCGAAUGAACGCAAGUGCGCCUACCAGUCCACAACAAUUGCAAAUGGAAAGAUCUAUCACCAGCAAUACGAUUGGCGCUUCAACGAAUGCAGGUGAAGAAUCGGAUGAAGCUGAAAGCCCGCUAUUGGACGGAACAGAUGAAUCAAAACGGAAAAAGAAGAAGCCGAAGCAAGAAGAAGGCGAUUAUGUUUGUACGGAUUGCGGUAGAGUCGAUUCUCCUGAAUGGCGAAAAGGACCUUUGGGUCCCAAAACGCUAUGUAAUGCUUGUGGAUUACGUUGGGCAAAGAAAAUCAAACGAAGCGGCGGCGAUCCAAAUGCAGUCUCAAAAGCAGGAGCAGCAGCCAAAGCACAAUCAGCCGGAAAGGUGUUGGGUUCAAAUAGUAUACCUUCGCUACCGUCAAAUCUUGGACAAAAUCAUAGCUUUGCCAGUGCAAGUGGCGAAAUGCAAAGGCCGCCAAUGACAUCAAGUCAAAGUAGUAGUGCUGCCAUGUUUGCAAGUAUGCAUCAACCACCACACCCGGGUAUACCGCAUUCCGCUUCUUCUUUCGAUACCAGCUUUUCGAGCAUGCAAGCUGCGAUGUACAGUGCAUCUCCCACUCAGAUGAAUUUCGGUCCUCACACCGGUCCAAUUCCCGGCCAUAUGGAUCAUCCUGGUGCUAUGCCUCCUUUGAUGCAUCACAACAGUAGCUUCAUGUCUCAAUCACCUGCUGCACCGCAAAUGGGCAAUCAGAUGUCACAACAACAACAGCAGCAGCAGCAACAGCAACAAAUUCAAUACGGUCAAAAUCAGGCUGGUCUUCCUCCAAAUCACAUGAUGUAUUAA